UAAAUCAGAGGUAACGACUUUCACCCUAUCUACUCGCACUCGAAAGUCGAAUCGUUGGCGACCAAGUGGGACAUCAGAUGCGGAAUUAGUGUACAGCAUGAAAUUGUGCUUUGAGCUUUCGAUUUGUCAAGUUGCGGAAUGAUGAAGCUGCUCAAAGUCUGAGUAUAAGUAGGGACUUGAGCCUAUGUCCAUGUCUAUCCAUCAUUCAAUCAUUCCAACUCUCAUCUAGUCUGAUAACCAUUGGCAUCUUUCGCAUAACUAAAACAUAUCUUGUCUCUGCACUAUUUCCCAACAUUCAGACCCAGCUGAAGCAUCCUUACACUCACCUCAAAAUGUCCAUGCCAACCUACACAAAAACCUUCCACACCACCACCUACCCCGCCAUCUCUCCCCUCCUCCCUUCCCUCUCAACCGCAAGAAAAGUAGUCCUCCUAACCGGCGGCGGCUCCAGCAUAGCAACCUCAAUCGCCCUCUCUUUCGCGGCCUCCGGAAGCAAAGCCAUCGUCCUCCUCGGACGAAACACCACCUCCCUACUCUCGAACAAAACCCAAAUCGAAACGAAACACCCCUCCACCACCGUCCUCACCUUCGUAGCCGACAUAAACGACGAGGCCGCCGUCAACGCAGCAUUCACCACCGUCCAGCAACAAUUCGGCGGGAUCGACAUCCUGCUCCAAAUCGCCGCCUACUUCCCCGACGGACAACCCAUCGCCACGGCUUCCGUCUCGGAAUACUUCUCUGGUUUCGAGACGAACGUAAAAGGGAACUUGAUUGUUACGCAAGCGUUCCUGAGAACGAGGACGGAGAAGAGGGAAGCGGUGCUGAUUCAUGUGUCGACGGGAGGGGUGCAUUUGCCUGCCAUGCCGUUCCCGAUUUCUGCUUAUAUAGCGAGUAAGGCGGCGGCGGCGAAGAUGAUGGAGUAUUUGAGUGUGGAGUUGAAGGAGAAAGGGGUUAGGGUUUUGAAUGUGCACCCGGGCAUGCUGGACACUGUGCAGGGAAUCAAGGCUGCGAGUGCUGGGAUGGUGGUUCCUUUCGAUGAUGCUCAAUUGUCUGCUGAUUUUAUGGUCUGGCUUGCUAGUCCCGAGGCAGAGUUCUUGCAUGGGAAACUUGUAUGGGCCAAUUGGGAUGUGGAUGAGUUGAAGGCUAAGAAGGAGGAGUUGCUGUCUGGACCUGCUUUGACUCUGGGGUUGAAUGGCUGGCCUUGACCAUUAUAACUUGGGAACUUUCCUCAAGGGGCUCUUAACAUUCGAAUGCUUUUCGUCUUGAUUUUUGAAAUGUUUGUUUUGCGUCAAUGUCUGUGUUGAGAUCGCUUUCAAUGAGGAUGUUUGUGGUCAAAGCAAGAAGAGAAUGCGGAUAAUGUUCAAGUCUAUCCCAGCUAACCUAAACUUUUGAUUUCCCGGCUUAUCGUUGAGACAAAUCGUCUAGUGAGUUCUUGUAACUC